CCCAGGGAACAGGGACAGGAGGAGAGGGAACGGCCUCAGGCUGGGCCAGGGGAGGCUCAGGUUGGAUAUUAGGGAAUAUUUCUUCCUGGAGAGGUUUGUCCAGCUCUUACACAAGCUGCCCAGGGCAGUACUGGAGUCCCCAUCCCUGGAAGUGUUAAAAAAGAUAUUGACGUAGCACUCGGGGACACUGGUGGUCCUAGCAGUGCUGGGUUAAUGAUUUAACCUGAUGAUCUUAGAGGGCUUUUCCCACCUCAAUAAUUCUGGGAUUUUAAACUUGAAGUUCCUGAAGAACCUUUCCCUGCCAUUCACCUCUGGCUCAACUACCCCCUGGCACAUCAUCCCCCACUGCCCUCCCCAGCACCCCUGAGCCUGGGUGGAGCUUGGGGAACUCACAGUGAUGGGUAAAUGCUCCAUGAACCUUGAGGCCUUGAAGAAGCAUUUCAGAUGAAGAGCACCAUCGUCUCAUGAGGCAUCGUCAUCUUUCAGGGGUGUUUGAGUAAUAUUUGUGCUGGGAGAGGGUGCAGCUGCUGCAAGUCAUGGCCACAGGUACAACCUGCCAUCACCCCCUAAAAGAUGCUGCUGAGGGGAGAUGCUCUGUUACUUGUGAUUUCCUUGCAACUCCACCUUGUGAUUCCUGCGUGGGCUUGGUGUUCCCAGGUGGGAAUUCUUCCCCUUCCAGCUCAGCAACCCUGUCCCCAGGGAGCCAAUGGCUGUGUGGCCCUGCGCAUUACCCUGGCCUGUAAUCUCGUUGAUUCCUUCCUGGCUAAUCCUGGUGGAACGGGGCUGGGGUGAGCAGGGCUCAGCUGCUGUCCAUGGCUGCGCUCACCCCGCUGCCUCCCAGCCUGCGCCGGGGCUUGGUGGCCUUCAGCAGCUCCCUCUUCAUCAACAACAAGACGUGGGAUAGCGGCACUGCCCACUCCUACCAGCCAGGUAUGGGCAGAAGGGCUCUGCGGAGGGGCUUGGGAACAGGAGCUUCACUGUGACUCUGCUCAGCACAGCACCAAAGCACCCAGGUGCCUCUGAUGCAGCAGCACCCUAAGGGUCCCUGAACCCACCCACCAAGGAGGGGAGCAAAAAUAAGAACAUUUUCUGCAAUCAGCUGCUUGUGGGACCCAGGGUCAGUUGCUCCCUUCUGCAAGCUGAGGGGGGGGUCCCUCUGGGCAGGGGGAGCCCAGAGCUGGUGAGCAGCCUUCCCAUCCCUGCCUCUCCUGCCUAGCUCACGAGAUGCUGUCUAGCCUGCCUCUCCAGGUGAUGCUCUACUUCAACGUUUACUACUUCCCAGUCUGGUGCCUGGCUGAGGGGAUUAUGCUGCACCUGAAGGUACCCUCCCAUGGGGCACACAGGGAUGGGGAGAGCUGCUCCUACCAAGUCUCCCUGGCUUGGGUGUGGGACAAAGUGGGCAGGGAACAGAGAAGCCUCUUCAGAAUUAAUGGAUUCCCAAAAUGCCCUGACCCCCCAUGAGAAAAGAUUACUCAUCUCUGUCUGCUAGAGAUGGAAAUCAUGAACUUUCCGGGCAGGAAUGGUUAAAAUGGGGGGCAAGAGUAGGCAGAGCUGGGCACCAGCAUGGUGAGCUGGGUAUGGGGAGGAGGGUACAGGGAGCUGGGCAUCAAGAGCAGGGAAUGGUGCACGGGGAAAUGGAAAUUAGGCAUGGACAGCUAGACUGGGACAAGGCUGUGCCCCCAUUACAGUACCACCUGCUGCCUUGGCACUACCAGUUCCUGCUGGUCACAGCCUUCCUCAUCCUCUCACUCGCUGAGGGCUCCCGCCUCUACCUAGGCUACCUGGGAAACCUCCAGGAGAAGGUGCCCGAGCUGGCUGGGUUCCUGCUCCUCUCCUUCCUGAUCCAGCUGCCUCUCCUGCUCUUCCUGCUGAUGGACAGCCAGGUCAUCCACCUGCCACUGGAGGUGCCCAUGCACAGCUUGUUCCUGGCCUUCCUCCUCCUUGAGAUCGUGGCUGCCUUCCUGGCACUGAGGACCAUGACCAAGCAGCUGGCAGCACAGUUCCACCUGCGGCAGCUGCAGGAGGGUGGGAGGGGCCAGCUGGAGCUGGGGGGCACAGGGUGACAGGCAGCUGAGAUGGGAUGAUGCUGCAGGACCCCUCCACCUCACACAGUUGGUC